AUGCACAUCCUCCAGCAGUACAAUGCAAGCAGAGCCGAAGAGCUGAAAGUCCAAAUAGAAAAGAAGCAGCAAAACAUAGAAAGACUCGAAAAAAUAAAAGAUGCCCUAAAUCACCGGGUUCGACAACUGAAAGAGGAAAUAGCUAUCAUACAAGAGCCCUCCUGCACUGUCGGAGAAGUCUCGAAGAAAAUGGGGAAGAACGUGGUCCUAGUGAAAACUACAACAGAGGGAAAGCAUCUGGUGCAGAUAGAGCCUCAGGUUGACUACGACAGUCUGAAGCCAGGAAUGCGCGUAGCCCUCCGAAGUGAUACGUAUGCCCUCUACAAAGUCCUCCCCUCGAAGGUCGAUCCGAUUGUCUCGCUGAUGAUGGUUGAAAAAUCCCCGGAUUCCACGUACGACAUGAUUGGAGGCCUAAACGAGCAGAUAAAGGAGGUGAAAGAGGUCAUUGAGCUUCCUAUUAAGCACCCGGAGCUUUUUGAGUCCCUGGGAAUAGCCCAGCCCAAGGGCGUGCUUUUAUACGGUCCUCCGGGAACGGGAAAGACUCUUUUGGCGAGAGCUGUCGCACAUCACACGCAGUGCCGGUUUAUUCGGGUCUCUGGGUCUGAGCUCGUCCAGAAGUACAUUGGAGAAGGCUCUAGGCUCGUGCGAGAGCUCUUUGUGAUGGCGAGAGAGCAUGCUCCUUCGAUCAUUUUCAUGGAUGAAAUUGAUUCUAUUGGCUCCGUGCGGGUGGAGGGGUCUAACGGAAGCAGUGAAGUCCAGAGGACGAUGCUGGAGCUGCUGAAUCAGCUGGACGGGUUCGAGGCCCACCAAAACAUAAAGGUCAUUAUGGCCACGAACAGAAUAGAUAUUCUGGACUCGGCUCUUCUGCGCCCUGGGAGGAUAGACAGGAAGAUAGAGUUUCCAGCCCCGAAGGAGGAGGCCAGGCUUGAGAUCCUGAAGAUCCACUCCAGGAAGAUGAACCUCACGAAGAAUAUAGACCUGUCCAAAAUAUCCGCAAAAUUAACGGGUGCAAGCGGGGCUGAGGUUAAGGGAGUCUGCACGGAGGCAGGAAUGUUCGCCCUGAGGGAGAGGAGGACGCAUGUAACAAAAGACGACUUUGAGAUGGCAGUUGCAAAAGUGAUGAAGAAGACUUCGGAUCCGAACACGGACCUGAGGAAACUGCUGAAAUAA